AUGAGGCUCGGCGAACCGGAACAAAGUUGUACGGCUGAGUCGCGCAGGUGUUCGCAACUUGUGGUCUCUAGUAUACCAAUCGUAAUUUUUAUGCUGGCUCAACAAGCAUAUAUGCUGCUGGGGGACAAGGAGAAGUCCUCGACGACGGCCUUCUUGUCCACUACUUCGACUUCCCGUGUAAGCAGAAGUUGUAGUUGUCUGAGACGGAUCAUAGUCGGAUCACUCGAAGUAGAACUCACGACCCAUCUGGAAAAAUAUGCGCAUUUCGGUUGAUAAAGUCUUGACCUUAGAUCAAUAUUGUUCGAAAAUCCACAACUGGGAAGAUUGAGCUUUGAACUAU